AUGAAGGAAUUGAAGUCCAACUUUUCAGAAAUCAAGGAGGGCAAAUAUCCCAAUUCUAGCGGCUCAAGACGUCUACCUGACAACUUGUCGGAUCUCAAGGCACAGGUCGCCGCCAACAACAAGGGAAGUAAUCUCAUCAAAGCCCUCAUGGAAGAAUGUGGCAAACACACCGUCCACUUUUAUAAGUCCAAGAUACAAGAGAAUGUCGAAGUCUCCGUCCGCAACUAUCUGAAGUUCGCCUACAAACGAUACAGGCACGAUAUCCUGCUGAACCAGGGAUGUUUCACACCCACCAAAGUCAUCCUUCCCAAAAACUGCUUCCUGAACCCCUCGUCCGGGCCAGCCGUCUGCUGCGGAAACACGCUUACGUCGCAACGUCUCGUCGACCCCUUGCCGAACACGUUCCGCGCGGCGUCCGGGUCGCAGGGCUGCAUGAACUACUUCGGCUUCUUCGGGAACUGCCGCGACGACCCGGGCAAGCCGCAGUCCGAGUUUGUGUUCAGCUGCCGGAAGCUUUCACACAUUUGCAGCAGCUUAAGAGGCUUCAUCUUGAAUUUUGAAUGA